AUGGAUGUCUACAACCAAACCACCAUCAAGGAGUUCAUCCUCAUAGGGCUCUCUGACCUCCCACAGGUGCGCUACCCUCUUUUUGUGGCCUUUGCUGCUGUCUAUCAAGUCACCUUGGUGGGAAAUGGAGCCAUUCUUCUUGCCAUUGGGACUGAAAAAAAGCUGCACACACCCAUGUAUUACUUUUUGGCAAAUCUAUCCUGUUUAGACAUUUUUUGCCCAUCAGCUACUGUUCCCAAAAUGCUUGAGAACCUCUUGGCCAAGAAGCAAAGCAUUUCUUUUGUUGGGUGUGCUUUGCAGCUCUUUUUCCUAGUGGCCCUGGCUGGGACUGAAGUCUUCCUUCUCGCUGUCAUGGCAUAUGACAGGUAUGUUGCCAUAUGUUUCCCCCUUCGUUACACCCUCAUCAUGACAAAGGGGCACUGUAUCCAGCUCACAGCCAGUACUUGGGCAGCAGGGUUUCUGAACUCCCUUGUGCACACGGUAUUCACAUUUCGCUUGACUUUCUGUAAGUCUAAUCAAGUCAACCAGUAUUAUUGUGACAUUCCUCCAGUGGUAGCCCUGUCCUGCUCCUCCACAUAUGUGGCGGAAAUGCUUGUUGUAGUGUUAGGAGGUAUCUUAGGGAUCAGUGCCUUCCUGAUCACUGGUAUCUCUUAUAUCUACAUCAUAUCCACCAUCCUGAAAAUCAGAUCAGCAGAAGGGAAGCGCAAAGCCUUCUCUACAUGUGCUUCCCACUUCAUUGUGGUUUGUUUGUUCUACGGUACAACAAUAUUUACCUACGUCCGUCCCUCAUCCAGUCACCACUCUGCAGCCAGAGACAGGCUCAUUUCAAUGUUGUAUGGGGUUAUUACCCCAAUGCUAAACCCUAUGAUCUAUAGCUUGAGAAACACAGAGGUAAAAGGAGCACUCAGAAAAGUUUUAUGUCAUAAGACAAGUUUACAGCAAGGAUGA